CUACUAAUUAGUUUGUUUCGAUUUUUGACUCAUAACGGUUAUUGGGCAUACCGGGUUAUAUAAAUAAAGAAAAAAUUCAAAAUUCGCUGAACUAAAGUUUAAAAUAGUGUGUUUUUAAUUCACCGUUAAACGGUUAUAGACAAAAAAGAAGAAGAAAAAAAAAACACAAUGAAAAAUUUAAUAUUUUUGAGUGUGUUAUUAUUCGCGGUUGGUAUCGGUGCCGAUAUUAUCGAAGAUAAUCCAUGUAAACUUCCCGGUUUUUUUGCGAUUAAAGAUAAUAGUCCCGUUUUUUAUGGUUGUUACGCUAAUAAGUACGGUGGUUUAACUUUAAAAUAUUUGUCUUGUCAAAAGGGUGAAGUGUUUAGCUCACAUAAAGGAUAUUGCGUUCCUACAGCUACUUUGAAUGAAAUAAAUGAUGAAAGUGAAGUUACUAACGCUCCAGAUGUAGAAGAUCCAACAAUACCCACAGAAUCUACAGUUGGAGAUGUUGAAAAUCCUACAGUUCCUACCGAAGCUACACCAGUACCAGAAGAAGUUGAGAACCCCACAAUUCCAACCGAAGCUACAACAGUACCGGGAGAAGUUGAAAAUCCUACAAUUCCUACAGAAACUACGCUAGCACCAGGUGAAGUUGAAAAUCCAACUAUUCCUACUGAAACAACUGAUAAACCAGCAACUGAAGCGCCUACUAAAGCUCCCUCAACUGAAGCCCCUGCUACCGAAGCUCCCUCAACUGAAGCUCCUGCUACUGAAGCUCCCGCUACCAAAACUCCUGCUACUGAAGCUCCUGCUACCGAAGUUCCUGCUACUGAAGCUCCUGCUACUGAAGCUCCUGCUACUGAAGAUCCUGCUACUGAAGCUCCUGCUACUGAAGCUCCUGCUACUGAAGCUCCUGCUACUGAAGCUCCUGCUACUGAAGCUCCAGCUACUGAAGCUCCUGCUACCGAAGCUCCUGCUACCGAAGCUCCAGCUACUGAAGCUCCAUCUACUGAAGCUCCAGCUACUGAAGCUCCAGCUACUGAAGUUCCUGCUACUGAAGCUCCUGCUACCGAAGCUCCUGCUACUGAAGCACCAGCCACUGAAGCUCCCGCUACUGAAGCUCCUGCUACCGAAGCUCCUGCUACUGAAGCUCCUGCUACCGAAGCUCCAGCUACUGAAGCUCCUGCUACCGAAGCUCCUGCUACCGAAGCUCCUGCUACUGAAGCUCCUUCAACUGAAGCUCCUUCAACUGAAGCUCCUGCUACUGAAGCUCCUGCUACCGAAGCUCCUGCAACCGAAGCUCCUGCUACUGAAGCUCCUGCUACUGAAACUCCUGCUACCGAAACUCCUUCAACUGAAACACCCGCCACCGAAACUCCCGCAACUGAAGUCACAACUACUGAAAGUGGUGAAACCGAAACAACUGAUAAACCUGUUCACGAUUUUAUUUGUCCCACUACCGGAUUUUUCCCUCAAGAUGGUAGCUGCAGCGAAUUUAACUAUUGUUGUGAAAUUGAUGGUGAAUUGAAAGCAUUUAGACGUCACUGUCCUAAUGGUCAAAACUUCUAUCCCAUAGGAGGAUAUUGUACCGCAAACUACGACUGCAAUGAUGCACCAACUAUUGCUCCAGUAACAACUGAUGCUCCAGUAACAACUGAUGUUCCAGUAACAACUGAUGCUCCAGUAACAACUGAUGCUCCUGUGACAACUGAUACUCCUGUUACAACCGAAGCUCCAGUAACUACUGAUGCUCCUGUAACAACCGAAGCUCCCGUUACAACUGAUGCUCCUGUAACUACUGAAGCACCUGUUACUACUGAUGCACCUGUAACAACUAAAGCUCCUGUUACUACUGAAGCACCUGUAACAACUGAAGCUCCCGCUACUGAACCAACUAAAGCUCCUGUAACUACUGAAGCUCCCGCUACUGAAACAACUAAAGCUCCUGUAACUACCGAAGCUCCCGCUACUGAACCAACUAAAGCUCCUGUAACUACUGAAGCUCCCGCUACUGAAACAACUAAAGCUCCUGAAACUACCGAAGCUCCUGUAACUACCAAAGCUCCUGCUACUGAACCAACUAAAGUUCCUGAAACAACUGAAGCUCCUGUAACUACUGAACCAACUAAAACCCCUGUAACUACCGAAGCUCCCGCUACUGAACCAACUAAAGCUCCUGAAACCGAACCAACCAAAGCCCCUAACACUGAAGCUCCCGCUACUGAACCAACCAAAGCCCCUGAAACUGAAGCUCCCUCUACUGAACCAACUAAAGCUCCAGAAACCGAACCAACCAAAGCUCCUGAAACUGAAGCUCCCGCUACUGAACCAACUAAAGCUCCUGAAACCGAACCAACCAAAGCCCCUGAAACUGAAGCUCCCGCUACUGAACCAACUAAAGCUCCUGAAACCGAACCAACUAAAGCUCCUGAAACCGAACCAACUAAAGCUCCAGAAACCGAACCAACCAAAGCCCCUGAAACCGGAGCUCCCGCUACUGAACCAACUAAAGCUCCUGAAACCGAACCAACUAAGGCUCCUGAAACCGAUCCAACCAAAGCCCCUGAAACUGAAGCCCCCGCUACAGAACCCACUAAAGCUCCUGAAACCGAACCAACUAAGGCUCCUGAAAACGAACCAACCAAAGCCCCUGAAACUGAAGCAACCGCUACAGAACCCACUAAAGCUCCUGAAGCUGAAACUACUAAACCUCCAGUAACUGAACCACCACAAUCUCCAGAAAAAGUUGCCCCACAAAUCGCCAAAACCGAUGAAUUCGUAUGCUUGUCUGAGGGAACAUACGCUCAUGCCAACGACUGCGCCAAAUAUUACAAGUGCAAAUGGAAUAAAACAACUGAAAACUUCGUAGUGGAAAUCAAACAGUGUGCCGAAAAACAAGUUUAUAAUACCUUUACUGAUAGAUGUGAUCGUGAAGGCAUUAUAACUUGCUUGGGACGCCCAAAGAACUCUAGAUUUAAUAGAUUGUAAAUUUAAAAAGAAGAAACUUUAUUAAUAUUAAACGAACGAAUUUGUAUUAACGUUAAAGGAUUUUGAAUAAAAUUCGGUUAAUGCCAAGCACAUGAUGAUAAUCUUUAUUAUUUUGUAAAAAUAAAAAAAAAUUAUUUAUUGUAAUAAGUAUUUAUGCUGACUUAAUAAAAUAUAUUACGUAUACUAUAGUAUUUAUCAUAUACAAGCGAAAAA